UCCAGACUGUUUUCCUUCUCAUUUCUGACCUAUUAGCUAUAUUCACAAAUGCAAAACCUACAGAUAUGGAGGGCAACUGUAUUUGUACUCACUGGACAUAAAAAUGUGAUAAUUUCUGCAAAUCCUCACUAUCAGAUAUGCUAUAUUCUUUAUUUACCUUUUCAAUUCUACCUGCAUAUCCAGGCACUUUUGCAUUUCAUCACUGUAGGGCUGCUGCCUACCUUUUUGGGCUGCACCACUCCAGAUAAACUGUUUCUUUCUCAUGGCAAUUUUUCUGGAGUUUAUUAUUUUCAUUUUGUUCUGGGAAGUGUUAUGGUUUCCAUCCUCCCUGGGCUGCAAAAAGAAGAGCAGGAGGUUGUGGAGAAACGCAGGAGCCAGGUGUUGAAGGGUCUGGAAAAACUGAGCACCAAAGCCAACCAGGCACUCGUGAUUGCUGUGCUGGGCUCUGGUGGGCGGCUGUGGGCCCACAUCGCCUGCAUCGGGGUCCUGAGUGAGCUGAAAAGUCUUGGCCUGCUGGAUGCUGUCACUUACCUCUCGAGAGUCUCGAGGUCCACUUGGGCACUGUCUUCCUUCUACACCAAGGAUGGGGACACAGAUGCUAUAGAGGCUGAGCUGAAGCAUCGAUUUGACCAGAAGGAGUGGGACUUGAUUCACAGCCUAAAGAAAGUCAUGGCAGCGAAGUUGGAGAAUUACUCUCUGACCGACUUUUGGGCCUCCAGUGUUUCCAGACAAACCAGGAGUCUGCAUGACUCUUCCUUGUCCAGCAUGACGAAGUACGUGGAGGAAGGGACACUCCCUUACCCAAUAUUUGCAGCUAUUGAUAGUGACCUGCACCAGAGGGGAAUAAAAGCCCAGGACAUCUGGUUUGAGUUUACCCCUCACCAUGCUGGCUACCCAAAAUUUGGGGCCUACAUUCCUGUAAUCUACUUUGGAAGCAAAUUUCAGGAGGGAAGCCUGGUCAAACCUGAGCCCGAGCAAGACUUGUCCUUCCUGAAAGGUAGUAUGGGGUCAGGCAGAUGGGUCAUUGAAGAAGACCUGCUGGAUUUGGUGAUGGUUUAUGUAGAAGAUCCAGAUGCCCCCAGCAUCCUGAAGAAGCUCCAGGGCGUACAGCAAGAUCUGGAGGCUGAAGGGGGAGGUCUGUGCACAAGAAGCUGCUCCCAAACUGCUAUGUGGAUGGCAGAGAGAGCAGAGGAAGCUGGUGAGACUAAACACAGAUUGCUGUCUGAGAUGGUUGAGAACUGGGACAAGAUCUUCACAGAAGAGAAGGGAAAAUACCUGAAACGACUGAUACAGUGCUUCAUGAAACCAAAAGAGGAUUCCGACUUUAUGUACAUACUUCAGAUUCUCUUUAACAGAUAUGAUCUUUGGCCCAGUGUUUACAGAUUGGAAUGGACAGACGACUUGUCUGCCAGGUGGAGGACCAUUAGGUCCACUGCUAAGUAUUGCCAGGACCAUGAGAUCCCUUUUCCCCUGGUGGAACAGGAUAUGCUCAGCUGCUACAUCCUGAAAGAGGAAAACAGACCUGUUGUGAUGCAUUUCCCCCUGUUCAACAAAGACAACUGUGGAGGUAGAUGUAUGGGAAGAAGUGGGAUGAGAAGCCACCACCAGGCCAUGCUGCAUGGGGAUGAGUUAUAGCUAAGGGACAUUUGGCCUAUCCUUCAACACCUGAAGGUCAAGAGUGUGUGAGCAGGAACCUUUGUCCUGUCUGCUCUGUGGUCUCCUGGAGAUCUCCGUGUUUUUUGAUUCAGUCUUUGGAUGUUGCUUCCUCUCAGCAGGACAUUCUUGUUCCCACUGAAUAUCCAACCCUUUCUGCCUCCAUCCUCUGGUCACAGGUGAAUAGCUGCCUUAAAGGUCCGGCAUUCAGGAUGAGUGGACCUGUGGGCAUUGACCAAACUUUCCACUUUGGACUCUCAGAGCCUCUUCUCUGCUUCUUGAAUGAGUCCUAUCAGGAGUUCAAAUGUGUCUGUCUUCUUCCUUCAUUUAACAAACAUUCAUUUGUCACCUACAGUGCCUCAGCCAUUGUUUCAGGCAAUGUAUGAUACUGUAGUUAAAAAAAAAGACAGAUUCUUUCCUCAGUGGAACAUUCUGUAGGUAGCGGGUAUAGAUAAUAAAUCAUAUAGACAAAUUUAUAAUGUAAUGUGCCAAUAAAUCUUUACUUAUGUUCAUAGGUAAACACAUAUCUUGAGAUCAUAGUAUUAAAUGAAACAAAUCAAACAUAAAGCUGAAAUAUUGCAUGAUUUGUCUUAUACAAGAAAUCCAAAAUAUAAGUAAAGAGCAAUAGAUAAUAGGAAGUAGAGAGGUCUUUUUCAAAUGGGAAAGGGAAUAAGAGAUGGAGGGAGAAAGGAGGGAGAAAAGAUAAAGGGGGUAAAAAAAAAGAAUUGGAAAAAAUGGAGAUAGAGCUUUUGUAAAUGGGAAGGGAACUGAGAGACAGAAGAAGUGGGAUGAGGAUAGCGGACCAAGAAGAAUUAAGAUGUGUGGUGUACAUGUAUCAAUACCCCAUAAUAAAUUCAAUCAUUAUGCAUGCAGCCAUGUACUAAUAAAAAUUUAAACAGAAAUUUAAAAACUCAA